CUGGAGACGAAAGAAAACAACGGUGUCUUUCUUUGCGGGGCAAAUACCUUCGUUUCUCUGCUUUCUGCAGCAGUGUCCUCACUCUUGAUACUUUGCAACUUCCUUACGUUUCUUGACUUUUUCUGUCCCUGGCGACAACUCUUUGACCCCCUUCCUCUUCUUCAAUCUUAACUUUUUCCCAGCGCAUGGGCAUACUCUUCAUAAUCUAGUAGCUGUACUGUAGCUCACCAAGAGUUAUAAGAGUUACCGAGCUGGAGACCCAGAUAUCACAUCGUCAUGUCGAAUAAUUUACUUUCUCUCGCCGGUUGGACUUUUCUACCCAACGUAUGUAUCUUCUCUCCUCAAAGUCCGCUCACGUAUUUCAUAGCUAAUCUAUCUCCAGCUUGUAACAGGAUGGGUACAAAGUCUCUACUAUGGGAUAACAGUCCGCGCCGGCGACCCCAAACCACAACCCAACACUCCCAAAUACAUGCUUCACAGACGGCGAAUACACAUCCUCGUCGUCUCCGCAUACCUCUUAUAUACCAUCUACGAAGCCGACUAUGAUAUCCGUCGCGCAUCAAAUUACUACGCCGACCUAGGCGUUCCCCUCACUGCCACCGACCGAGAUAUAAAGUCUCGAUUCAGACGACUAGCAGCAACCUACCACCCGGACAAAGUAGGAUCAAAUGGCGGCAUCAACACACAAGAAUACUUUGUCCACCUCCGCCUCGCGCAAGAAACGCUCGUGAACCCCGUAAAAAGAUUCGCAUACGAACGAUUCGGACCCUCGAUGCACGAGUGGCAGCGAUGCGCCUCAAUAUAUGACUACAUCCUCAAAGGCGUGCAGGAUAUUUUACCUUACUACGGCGUCGCAGGCGUAUUCAUGUACAUCCUUGGUUGGCUGGGAUACUUACAAUGGGGACAAUUCUGGCGAUGGCUAACCCUUGUUGGACUCUGCGUCUUUGAACUACACACCAUUUCUCGCCCCUACUUCCCCAGCAUAGCAACCAACAUCAUAAACCCCUUCAUAACAACCUUCACCAAUCACCCACCCUACCUCCCCUUCCAACUCAUCAGCUUAGCGCAAAAAAUGUGCAUCACGCUCUACAUAGCAUUCUCGCAAAUCGGGCCUUUGCUAGAAACACCCCAGGCGGCCUCCGCAACAGGAACACCAGAAGCAGCCUUGAACGCCACACUACAGCGGUUAGAAGAAAGUACUCGCGCCGCAGAUCUAGAAGUCAAUCGGUUAAUGGGCAUGGAGAUGACGCCGUUCGCGGGCCAGAGCGGGGCGUUGAAGGAUAUGAAAGGGAAGGUGAAGGAUUGGCUGGUACAGAAUACGAUUCGGAAUGAUCCCGAGGUGCGGGACUCUCUGGGAAAUCUGUUGAAGAAGAGACGGGUUGAUGCACCUGCUGGGGCGAAGGGGAAUCGAUAAAGUUCUUCGAUUGGUUGUUGGUUGUCUUUUCCAUGCGAAAGGGUUUUACCUCUUGAAAGCGGGUUUUCUGAGAAUUAAAUAAUAUCUUUCUAUAUAAGAACUAAUUCUUCGGCGGUUCCAUUAAGGUGGAUGGAUCAUUUGUUUGAAAUUACUACACGUUCCUAUAUUUACAACACUACUCGCUUAAUCACAAACAGAAGCCAAGCUCGAAAAUCUCCUUUUUGCGCCAAGAAAAACUCGUCUACAUCUAAGAUCCUUUUCCGCUUCCCCCUUUCUUCAACUUCUCAAUACCAUAAUAAAUCCUCUCUAAGAAAUUUAGAUGGGACGACAGUAGGUUAAGCUAGCACCAGACCAGUACUGCUCCGUAGGUAGAAGUCCAGGACGAAGGAGUCCAGGUUCAUCAAAUUUCGCGGCGAUCUAUAUAUAGGCCCAGUCACAUAGGGAACCGUAGAAAGCUGAUGUCUAAGUGGCCUAAAUAUUAAUAUUGCUAGCUUCUGCCCUAUGAGGUAUGUAUAAUGGGCGAUCCGCAGCGAAGCCUUGGAGAUGAUUCAUCACGGUAGAGGUUUUCGUAUCUCGUCUCAUUUAGAAAUUUACAAUUCUGCUAAUAAGAUCUUCUCUUGCUUUGCCCUUUUCUUUGCUCGUUUUACAUUCUUUGUACUUGUGCUUCUUUCUUCC